AUGGCUGAACGUCGCCCUGCCUUGGCGAUGGCAUUGCGCGUGUGCUUUGGGAAGUGGAAACCCAAACUCUUCCUUGGAAAUCUGUUGUCUGGCUUAAACGCUCAGGAAAUGAAGGAUUCUGUUAAAAGCCCAGACUACAUAGAAAGACUGGCGAGUAAAUACAUGCAGAAGUGCGUAGUAGACUCAAGUACGGAGUCUGAGUCUGAAUCCAGCGCAGAGGUCAUGCCUAGCCCACUUGCUGGAGGAUUCAAGAAAACAAAGGACUCCAGGGGACUGCAAUUUUUAGAUCCUUAUGAUGGUGAUUCAGAAGAUGCAUCCAUUCACUCUGACUGUAGCUUGAAUUCUUUAAAUAGUAUAAAAGUUGCACCGUGGACGAGCAGUGCCCCAAAAGCAAUGGCUCUGGAAGAUGCUGAUACUUCAGAAGAGGGAGAGUCCCUCCCUAAACCUCCGGACUGGCUCUGCCCAGAAACCAGAGUCAGUGAAAUUUGGACAGGAAAUGAUGGUAAAGCACCCCUAGAACUUCCUAGCCAAGAGAAGGAUUUCCCAAGCAGCCUGUUACAAUCAUCGGAACUGACUAGAGCCACAGAAGCAUCUACCUCCAUGUGGCUGACACCUGACCAUUCCUUGCUGAUGGGUAUUAACCCUUCAGCCUCUGCAGCUCUCCUGGCAAGCCCAGGUAACAGUGCUCCCCAACCCACACCAGCAGCUGACUGUGAUGGCACAAUGGCCAAACAGCCCCUCAUUAAAAGAAAAUAUGGGAUUUCUGUUCCAGAGGGUGCUAGUGAAAAACUAAGAAGAAAGAAAUUCUGUGCAACUUAAUCUGAACUAUGAAUCAAUCAUUGAAAUCUGUUCUGAAGAAUGAACUUGGUAGAGAUUUCUUUUGCAGAUGACACCUGAACUGAACAAGCUUUAAAAAACUGGCUCAAGCCUGUUACAAAUGGCAGCUGCAUUAUGUACUCCAGGCUUUGAGAUCCACCUGGAAAGACAGAAUCAACUAAACAAGCUUGCGUGGCAAUCUUAAGUGAAAACUAGCAAAGGUAUGUCCACAGAAUCACACUGAGCUUCAUGCUUGGGUGCUGCUUUGGCGCCUCAGGCCUCUGGAAGCACCGGCCUAACUCCCGUAUCUGGUACCUGGCGGCACUUCUCUGUUUCAGUAAUUGCAAAAAGGUAUUAUAAGGGUUUGUUGAGGAGGGAAGGAAAAAUGACUGCACGGUUGCAAUUAGUUUUCAAUAGCUAUAGCUUACCUCACACCUGCCUCAUGUCAGUGUUUGGCUCUUUGUAUAUCUAACUUACUGUAGCUGUAGUGUGAAUUACAAACAAAUAAAUUGCAUUAAGUUGAACUAAGUGCAACUAAAGACAAUCUAGGGUUUUUGUUUGUUUGAACAGGAAGAAGUUGACUUGUGCUAUUAACCUAUCUGUUCCUACUUGUUUUGAACAAUGUUUUAGGUACACGAACUCAGUGUACCUCCCAGUUGAGAACUGACAAUGCAAAGUUGAACAUGUGAGCUGAAAGCACUCCUCCUCCUUAGGGAGGACAAUUGCUUAUGACCUGCAGAAGUGGUGUGCACAGAUGGGAAGCCAGUUAGUCAGCAAAAACUGGUGUAACAGCUUGAAAUAUGUUGGUACCAACUACUUGUGAAAGCAUUCAUUCCAUAUGAUGGGCAGAGAUUUUUAAUUUGCAGUUUCUUUCAUAAGGUGGAAAGCCACUCAAAAUAACUUCUAGCCUUGCACCCUUCCACUAACGUCUGCAUAUUUAUUUUAUUAAAGCAACUUUGCUUUCUCCUUUAUCCCUGAUCUGGAGAUAUGGACAUGGUUAAUUAGCUUGGAAACAAAGCUGUUAGACCAGUAAAAUUCAGAGGUGUUUGCCCUAAGAAACAAGCUACUGUGCUUGCCCUCUCUGACAUGCCCCAGCACAAAGGUGGCUGCAGCAAAUGUUGUCCUUAACUCUGUGAAGUUAACUGCAAAAGAAAUCCCUUACAGCUCUAGAUUUGUGUGUACUGCAACUAGGCCACAGACCUUGCCAGAAUUAAGACUUGUGAAAAGCUUCAAAAAUAUAACAUUGUGAUGCAGCCAAGCCCUUCAGCCCCAUGUUGGGGAAGUCAUACUGUUCUAAGUCCUAGCUGGCUGCUGAAUGGUCGUCAACCACCUCAUCUGAGGCUAAAUAAAACUGCA